GAGGAAAAUUGGGGGGGUUUGUAAGGGGAAGACAUUUGGCGUGACAGUUAUCUUUGAAUUUGGGGGAAAAGGCAUUCGAUGCGUGUCACUUAUAGAUGACGUCAUUGUGUGCGCCGUUGCCUCUAAUAACAGAAAGAAUGUAACAGAAUAUAUUUACAAGUGGCUUACUUGAGACGGUUUAAUGUCCCUCGUGUAAAUGCGGACUUUGCCUCCGCCACAACUCCGUUCAAUAUAACUCUGUGCGCAUGCGCUUCUGUCAACCAUCCAAUUGCCUUUCCCGGAGCUGCCUCGUCCCGCCCCCUUUCGCGAGCCAAGCAGAGAACCGUUGCUUUGGAAGUGGAGCCGCAGCGACAGACACGGACCUAACAUCGGUUUUUGGAUCAUCACGUCGGACAUACAUCGAGCGAAAAUGACUUCUGUGGCAGACUUUGAGAAGGCAGCAGAGGAUGUCAAGAACUUGAAAACACGACCAUCAGACCAGGAGUUGCUGGACCUUUACGGCCUGUAUAAGCAAGCGGUCGUAGGAGAUGUUAACACCGAUAGACCAGGAUUGUUUGACAUGAAAGGGAAAGCCAAGUGGGACGCCUGGGACUCCAAGAAAGGCAUGUCUAAGGAUGACGCCAUGGCAGCCUAUACCAAACUUGCAAAGGAAAUCAUUAGCAAAUAUGGCAUGUAAUGAAUGAAUAGAGUGCAAGCGGCAAAUAUAAAAUGUUUAACUAAAUAAAGGACUGAAGUGAGGCUGCCGUCUUAAACUAAUAACUGUGCUCUGAGGUUUUAAUCAUGCUGGUUUUUAAAUUGCUUUUCUGCAUCUUUAUUCAAAACAUAACGUCCAUGCACCUUUUUAAUGUGAAACUGUAAUGUUUGCUACUUGAUUUUUGAUUAUGAAUGCUAACAUGCGGUCAUUUUCAAUAAUGGUAAAUAGAACUUGAUUUGUUAUAAGAAUGGAAACGACUUACAAGAAAUUAUAUAUGUUCACCUUUUGAAAAUAAAGCAUCUGUACUAUGUUA